AUGGAGUUGAAGAAAGAUAAGCUAGUGAGGUUUUAUAAUGAUGAGAAACAGGAUGGUAAUUUUCCCUGGGAAAAGAGUGACAUUACCCAAAAACACUUGAAAGAGCCACUGCCUGGUGAUAGAGCUAAGAAGACUCUUAGAUUUGGGGGGUUUAAGGUUUUCCCAGAGAACCAUCAGCCACAUGAGAAGAAAAUUCUUGAUCCUGGAAGUGAUAUCUUCUUGACAUGGAACAGGAUUUUUCUUAUGUCUUGCUUGGUAUCGCUGUUCGUUGAUCCGCUGUUUUUCUACCUUCCUUCAGUACAUAAUGAUGGCAGUUCAUCUUGUAUGGAUACUGAUUUGAAUUUGGGAAUUGUUGUCACAUGUUUUCGUACUGUUGCUGAUAUGUUCUAUCUGCUGCAUAUGUUCAUCAAGUCGAGGACAGCUUAUAUAUCACCAAAAACUAGAGUUUUUGGGAGGGGUGAGCUUGUUAUGGAUCCUAAAAAGAUUGUUAGAAGGUAUUUGAGAACAGAUUUCUUCAUAGAUCUUUUAGCUGCGCUGCCUCUCCCUCAGAUUGUCAUAUGGUUCAUCAUACCUGCGGUUAAAAACUCCACUGCUGGCCAUGCCAAUCAUGCCCUAGUACUGAUUGUUCUCCUCCAAUAUGUUCCUAGAUUGUAUCUCAUUUUCCCACUAAGUUCUCAGAUUAUCAAAGCAACUGGUGUAGUCACAAAGACAGCUUGGGCGGGGGCUGCGUAUAAUCUCGUACUCUACAUGUUAGCUAGUCAUGUCUUAGGUGCUUCAUGGUACCUAUUAUCAAUCGAACGACAUGCAACUUGCUGGAAGUCUGAAUGCGGAAAGGAAAUUGACCCCAUCAAGUGUUUCCUCAGCUACUUGGAUUGUGGUGCUUUGAACAAUGAUGAACGCCAGCAAUGGAUAAACAGCACUCACGUGUUUAGUAACUGCAACCCGGAUAAUCCCAUCGAUUUCAAAUAUGGCAUAUUUCAGAAUGCACUGGCCAACAAUGUAGUCUCCUCAGCAUUUGUUGAGAAGUACUUGUAUUGUCUAUGGUGGGGAUUACAGAACUUGAGUUCCUAUGGUCAGAAUUUGACUACAAGCACAUUCAUUGGGGAAACUUCUUUUGCCAUACUCAUUGCUAUUGUGGGUCUUGUUCUGUUUGCACACUUGAUUGGAAAUAUGCAGACCUACUUGCAAUCUAUGACUGUGAGACUUGAGGAGUGGAGGCUCAGGCGGCGAGACACAGAGGAAUGGAUGAGACAUAGGCAACUCCCUGAAGAUCUGCAAGAACGUGUUAGGCGAUUUGUGCAGUACAAGUGGCUUGCAACUCGAGGAGUUGAUGAGGAAUCAAUCUUACACGCCUUGCCUACAGAUCUUCGUCGAGACAUUCAACGUCACCUAUGUUUAGACCUUGUUCGACGUGUCCCAUUUUUCUCACAGAUGGAUGGUCAACUACUUGAUGCAAUAUGCGAGCGUUUAGUAUCCUCUUUGAGUACUCAAGGCACCUACAUUGUCCGUGAAGGUGACCCUGUCACAGAGAUGUUAUUCAUUAUCCGAGGAAAGCUAGAGAGCUCGACAACAAAUGGAGGCCGGACAGGUUUCUUCAACUCAAUUACUUUGAGACCUGGUGAUUUUUGUGGCGAAGAAUUGCUUGCUUGGGCAUUGCUUCCCAAAUCUACUCUCAAUUUGCCUUCUUCUACAAGAACAGUUAGAUCACUUGAUGAAGUAGAGGCCUUUGCACUUAGAGCAGAAGAUCUCAAGUUUGUUGCCAAUCAGUUUCGACGACUUCAUAGCAAGAAGUUGCAACACACAUUUCGAUUCUACUCUUACCACUGGAGAACUUGGGCUGCAUGCUUCAUUCAGGUUGCGUGGCGUCGAUUCAAGAAGAGAUUGUUGGCAAAGAACCUUAGCUUGGCCGAGUCAUUUUCAUCGAACUGUGACAACCAAGAGGCUGAUGAGGCAGAGCAAGAAAAGGAGUACUCUAGGACUAAUACAGCUUCAAAUGCUUCGCAAGCGAGACAGAAUUUGGGGGUCACCAUUUUGGCCUCGAGGUUUGCUGCAAACACGAGAAGAGGAGCUCAGAAAAUGAAGGAGGUUCAAUUGCCAAAGUUGCAAAAGCCUGAAGAACCAGACUUCUCAGUAGAACCAGAAGAUGACUAG